AUGUAUGAAUUCAAGGUGUUUGUGAAAGAUAAUGGUCUUCCUGCCUACACUGCCAGUUCUAACAUAAUCAUUUCAGUGAAAGAUAUCAAUGACAACCCUCCUGUGUUUCUUCAUGGUCAGCAGUAUCAAGGAACUGUCAUGGAAGAUGACCAGAACCCAAUAAUGGGUCAAAAAGUGGAACUGGAUAAAGUGCAAAGUCUAUCUCUGUGGAAUUUGAGCUCAGAACGUAAAGCUGGAAGGAAUGUCGCUAAGCGUAUUGUCCGGCCAAUGGACGAUUCGGUCACCAAGCGUUUUGUCCGGCCAAUGGACGAUUCGGUCACCAAGCAUUUUGUCCGGCCAAUGGACGAUUCGGUCACCAAGCGUUUUGUCCGGCCAAUGGACGAUUCCCUCACCAAGCGUUUUGUCCGGCCAAUGGACGAUUCGUCUAAAAACGUGACUGUGAUUGAUAAAGAUGCUACAACAAACAACAGACAAAUACAAUUCAGCCUGAAAGGAGCCAAAAGUGACCUGUUCAAGAUUAACUCCAAAACAGGUACCAUCUACGUUGCACGUCCAGGUAACAUAGACCGAGAAUUUGAUCGCCAGUUUCAUCUAAAGUUACAAUAUAUCUUUCAGAUUGUAGCAACCGACCAAAAUGGCAGGGGCCACUCAACGGAGGCUGACCUUAAUAUCCACGUACGAGAUGUUAAUGAUCACAAACCUCGCUUCGUACAAGAAUCAUAUGAAUUUUCUCUUCCGUCCAUUGUUAAAGCUGGUUAUAAGAUCGGUCAGUUAAUUGCCAUUGACAGAGAUAGCACCAGUCCUAAUAACAAGCUAUUGUACAUAUUUGAUUCUGAUACACUCGGGAAAUUCAAAAUUGAUAUCGAAACAGGGGUUUUGACACUGCUCGAAGGGUUUUUCUCAAAACCUCGCCAGUCCACUUACACAUUUACCGUGACCGCCAUGGACAUGGGGUUUCCUUCCCGAAAGACGAAAGCUCAAGUCAUUGUAAAUGCACCACAUAUGGUUUACAACGACUAUCCACCCAAAUUCGAAGGUCAUAACGUAUUCAUUAUUAAAGAAGAAAUGCCUGUUGGUUCCCUUGUGGGUACUUUAAAAGUUACUGACGAAGAUAAGAGGAAAAAUAACAGCAUUCAUUUAAGAAUAGCUCCAGAAGACGAACCAUAUGUGCCUUUCACGCUUAAAAGCGAUGGUUCCAUAAUAACAACGGAAGUUAUUGAUAGGGACGCUGGCUACGAACAUUUUAGAUUUACAGUUCAUGCCACCGAUACGGGCAGCCCUCCGCACAACACCAGUCAGGAAGUGGGAAUCAUCGUCAAUGACAUCAACGACAACCCGCCACAUUUUACAAUGGAAACCUACCAACACAUGGUCUCCACUCACUUCCCUGGUUCCACUAUCGUUGCCACGCCGUUUGCGUUCGACGAUGUCGACAAAACGGACUCUGUGUAUCAGUACAAACUUCAUGGAAAAAAUCCGGGAUAUUUUUAUAUUAACGACCAAACAGGGGUUGUAAGGACCACCAAUUUGGCCCGGAAUUUGAAGGCUGGUAUGAUGGAAUUCACCAUUGUUGCACAGGACAUGUACAAUAAAAGCUUGACAGCUGAAGCUAAGCUAAUAAUCCGAGUUAUGAAGAAAGCUCCGCAGAAGAAAUUUUGCUGCCGUGUCCCCUGUUGA